UCGGAGACUCUACCUGAUACAUCUCGAGCCAAUAGACGACCCCCUUCCUUUGACCCGCCUAAGUAUGCACAAUCGAAGCAUUUCAGCUGCUUCGCGGCCUGGGGUCACACAAUUGCGACCGCCUCGGGAGAUAAGGUGCGCAUAUAUCGCAUCGGGGCGACAGCUAGGCAGAUCGAUGGCGGUGACAAGCUAUGCAGAUUGGCAGCAGAGCAUGGAGGUAAAGAGGUGAAGAUUACGAGCAUGGCCUUUCGUCCGUCUGGAGGGGACGAGCUCGAUGGCCGCUAUCUUUGGUGUGGUACGCGAGAAGGCUCACUCUGCGAGAUGGACAUCGUUGAAGCCACUGUGCAGAGCUCGAAGCACAAUCUGCAUACCGCUCCGGUAGUCAUACUGCAGCGCGUCGGAAACGGGAUGCUAUCAGUGGAUGAGUCUGGGAAGAUCUGCAUCUGGCUUCCUCCUACUGGCGAGGAGAGUCGCGGGGUGCUCUCGCUCUCACAAUCGCCAGUCGCUCAGAGGGUCUCUCUCGAUAAGUCGACGCUCUUGCUUGCCUUGGACACACAGCUCUGGGCUUGCUCCGGUUCUGCGCUAGCACCGAGUAGCUUGACUCGCAGUCACAAGAUCGGAAUUUUCAAUCCAUUUUCUACCACGAGUCCCUUCAACGCCACGUCCAGACCUUUGGCGAUGGGCUCAUAUGGUACAGCAGGUGUCGGAGCUAUUACAUGUGGGACAAUCAUCCCAGAAAGAGCUGAUCGAGUGUAUCUGGGGCAUGAAAGCGGCCACCUCUCCACGUGGGACAAAGUGAGGAUGACUUGUAUCGGCGUUCAGCGGUUGAGCGCCCUGGGAUUCACCGCCGUCUGCAUGGUCAACGACCUGCUCUGGACAGGCAAUCGCAGUGGGCGAAUUACCGUCUUCAGUCCACCACCUGAAGGGCAGCAGUCCCAGCAACCCUGGAAGGUCCUCAAGUCGUGGCCAGCUCACAAAGGCGCCGUUUCCGUGAUCGCACUUGACCCCGCCUACCUCGAUGCGCAGUACACUGACGAUGGGGUUGCUGGCAUCUCUGUCGUCACCUCCGGGACGGACUAUUCGGUCCAUGUCUGGGAUGGUCUCCUCUCCGCUGACUGGCUCGCUCAUCGAGUCUCCUUGAGAAACGAUGAGUUCUCCACUAACAGGAUGCUCAAGUGUCUACAUGUAACCUUCAAUAUGGAUGCAGCUUCACCAAGCGAUCUGCACGCUUCAGUCGACUCCGUCAAUUGGCUUCCUCAGCUACUCACGUCGGCAAUCUCGACCGAUGGAUCCAGUCUGCCGGACAUCAUCUACUUUGGCUUCCAGGAGAUUGUGGAUCUAGAAGACAAGAGACUGACGGCGAAGAGCAUGCUGUUGAAUGCUGCGAGCGGCAAGAAGGCUAAGGCCGACAUGAGCGAGCGGAUCAGCCACCAAUACAGGAUGUGGUAUGAUCGACUGGUGCAGAGUGUAAGGCUCGCCAUGCCAGCCGAUUCACCAUACCGCGUGGUGCACUCCGAGUCGAUGGUCGGUCUCUUCACCUGUCUCUUUGUCCGGGCUUGCGAGUUUGAGAGCGUUAGCGAUGCAGCUGUCGUGACUGUCAAGACGGGCUUGGGAGGGCGGUGGGGCAACAAGGGCAGCAUCGUGUCACGAUUUCUGAUAGACGACACGAGCUGCUCGUUCAUCAACGCUCACUUGGCCGCUGGGCAACGACAUGUCAAGCAGCGAAACGAAGACAUAGCCCAGAUUCUUGAGUCUGAAUCCUUGCCGAUUGGGAAGAGCGGAGAGGGCGUAUACGUAGACGGCGGCUCGGGCGAGCUGAUACUGGACCACGAGAUAGUCUUCGUUGGCGGCGACCUCAACUAUCGGAUCGACCUGCCACGUUCCCAAGUGCUCAACUGCAUCCAAACAGGACAAUUAGAUACAUUGCUCGUCAAAGAUCAGCUGCAUCAAGAGCUGCAGCGGAACUCGCCCCUGUUCCGGCUGCGUGGAUUUCAAGAAGCCGAUUCUCCCACUAGGUUUGCCCCGACCUACAAGUUCGACAGAAACAGCCAGGAGUACGACACCAGCGAGAAGAGCCGGGUGCCAGCGUGGUGCGAUAGACUGCUGUACAGAUCAGCCGGAGUGCAAAUUGAUGAGGCAGUCAAUGGCCACAAGGGGACCAAAGCGCACGAGUCGUCACCUGGAGUGCGGUGCCUGGAGUACCGUAGCUGGCCGGAGGUGACCAUUAGCGACCACAGGCCCGUCAGCGCCAUUUACGAGUUCCAGGCGAAGCGCAUUGACUGGGAUUUGAGAGAAGCGGUGAAGCAGCAAGAAGCGGAGGUAUGGAAGGAGACACGGGCAAUGCUGGUGCAAAAGGCUCUAGAGUACUAUAACCGACCG